AUGGACGAAAGUGCUGAAGAGCCAAAAUCAGACAACAAAGAACCGAAUUUUAGACAACAUACUCUUUUUCAUAUUAAAGUGGAUCCAGGAUUAAAAGAUGAUAACGGCGAUCAAUUACCGAGGCCAUUUACUAAAAAUCAGAUGCGUAAAUGGCUAAAGAAAGUGAGAUGGGAGAACAAUAAAGCGGAGAAGCGAAAGAAAGAAAAGGCUCGUGCCAAAGAGCGUAGACGGGAGGCACGUGCAGCCAAUAUAGAUUUAGGCCCCAGUAGGAAGUCCCUUAAAAAGCGGAGUCUAGAGAAAUCGAAAAGUAACACAGGAAUUAUAAUAGACCUUAGUUUUGACAAAUUGAUGAUUGAAAAAGAUAGGUACAAAGUGGUAAAACAAAUUCUAAGAUGUUAUUCCAUUAAUAGACGAUCAGAAACCCCAUUGCAGUUUUAUGUUACUAGUUUUGGAGAUAAAACUAAAAAUGACAUAUCAAGGCAUAACGGUUACGAAAAUUGGGAUAUAACAUUCAAGGAAACAAGCUACUUAAAUGAGUUUCCUAAGGAAAAACUAUUUUAUUUGACUAGUGAAUCUGAAAAUGUUAUAGAAUCAUUUGAAGAGGAUACUUACUAUAUAAUUGGUGGACUGGUGGACCACAAUCAACAUAAGGGACUUUGCCAUAAAAUUGCAGUUGAACAGGGAAUAAGACAUGGCCAGUUACCUCUUAACAAGUAUGUUAAUAUGAAAACGAGGAAAGUUUUGACAAUUGAUCAUGUUUUCGAAAUAGUACUCAGGGUGUGUGAAGGUGUUCCUUGGAAAGAUGCUUUACUUCAAGUAUUGCCUACCCGUAAAGGUGCCCACGUUUGUGACACUACGAGCAAUGAUGGAUCAUAUGAAAGUGACAAUUAA